AUGGAAUCAUUUGACAGUCAGUACAAAGCUCAAACUAUGCGGUAGGAACAGCUUCUGCCAAAUCAGGUCAAUUUUGGACAUUUUUAAGAUUAAUGCCACACAAAUCCAAUGCUACAUUUUUGUGACUAUUUUAAUAUGGUCUGCUGUGCAUUAACAUGUUUGUUGGAAAAAAAAAUGCUACAGUGGUUGAAAGACAAAUCUUCAAUCUGUUGUAGUACAGUUGUCAAUAAUUUUUCAAGGCAAAGCUUGACUGUGCCAGAACACUAUGGCAACACAGAAAUGAGACCUGGCACACAUAACUUGUUUCUGGCCAUCAGCCCUAAUAAGCUAGAACAAGAUUUAGUAUGCAGAAAGUCUUUUUCAUCAAAUAGAGCAAUGGCAAGAGUCUCCACCUAUAGGCUAACAAUACAAGUAAUUGAUUAUUUUGAUUAAGGUGAAGGUAUUCUUUAUUCAGUCCUUCAACAUAAAGCUUGGUGGUAUUUUAACACCUGAGUAUCAUACACUGCACAAAAAAAUAAAGGGAACACUUAAACAACACAAUGUAACUCCAAGUCAAUCACUUCUGUGAAAUCAAACUGUCCACUUAAGAAGCAACACUGAGUGACAAUCAUUUUCACAUGCUGUUGUGCAUCUAGGAUAGAAGACAGGUGGAAAUUACAGGCAACUUUUGAAUGCUGGCGGUGCUUUCACUCUAGUGGUAGCAUGAGACUGAGUCUACAACCCACACAAGUAGCUCAGGUAGUGCAGCUCAUCCAGGAUGGCACAGCAAUGUGAGCUGUGGCAAGAAGGUUUGCUGUGACAGCGUAGUGUCCAGAGCAUGGAGGCGCUACAAGGAGACCGGCCAGUACAUCAGGAGACGUGGAGGAGGCCGUAGGAGGGCAAAAACCCAGCAGCAGGACCGCUACCUCCGCCUUUGUGCAAGGAGGAACCGGAGGAGCACUGCCAGAGCCCUGCAAAAUUACCUCCAGCCACAAAUGUGCAUGUGUUUGCUCAAACGGUCAGAAACAGACUCCAUGAAUCCCGACGUCCACAGGUGAUUACAGCCCAACACCGUUUGGCAUUUGCCAGAGACCACAAAGAUUGGCAAAUUCACCACUGGCGCCCUGUGCUCUUCACAGAUGAAAGCAGGUUCACUGAGCACACAUGACAGACGUGACAGUCUGGAGAUGCCAUGGAGAACGUUCUGCUGCCUGCAUCAUCCUCCAGCAUGACCGGUUUGGUAGUGGGUCAGUAAUGGUGUGGGGUGGCAUUUCUUUGGGGGGCCGCACAGCCCUCCAUGUGCUCGCCAGAGGAAGCCUGACUGCCAUUUAGUACGGAGCUGAGAUCCUCAGACACCUUGUGAGACCAUAUACAGGUGCGGUUGGCCCUGGGUUCCUCCUAAUGCAAGACAAUGCUAGACCUCAUGUGGCUGGAGUGUGUCAGCAGUUCCCGCAAGACGAAGGCAUUGAUGCUAUGGACUGGCCCGCCCGUUCCCCAGACCUGAAUCCAAUUUAGCACAUCUGGGACAUCAUGUCUCUCUCCAUCCACCAACGUCACGUUGGCAGAUGCUUUAGUCCAGGUCUGAGAGGAGAUCCCUCAGGAGACCGUCCGCCACCUCAUUAGGAGCAUGCACAGACGUAGGGAGGUCAUACAGGCACGUGGAGGCCACACACACUACUGAGCCUCAUUUUGACUUGUUUUAAGGACAUUACAUCAAAGUUGGAUCAGCCUGUAGUGUGUUUUUACACUUUAAUUUUGAGUGUGACUCCAAAUCCAGACCUCCAUGGUUUGAAAAAUUUUGAUUUACAUUUUUAAAUUUUUGUGUGAUUUUUGUUGUCAGCGCAUUCAACUAGGUAAAGGACAAAGUAUUUUAGAAGAAUAUUUAAUUCAUUCAGAUCUAGGAUGUUAUUUUUGUGUUCCCUUUAUUUUUUUAAGCAGUGUAUUUAGUCACCAUAUAAAACGUUAACUUGCUUGACAAAUGAAACCCUUCAUCUUAAAUGGAGUAAUUUACCUAUAACAGGGGUGGGUGUGCUCUGUAGGCUCAUGUAGCAGAUAUGUCUUUAAGGCUCUCUUAACACCUUGCCAGUACUGUGACCUCACACCUUGCCAGCACUGUGAUGGGAUACAGGCAGACACACCCAAUAGAAGAAUCUGUCAAACAAUGCCAAAACAGCCACUGUCCCACUUGAUGCUAAUGAAGCAGCUACCUUUUGUGGCAGUAUGAAGUAGGAGCAUGUGAUAUAGGGAGAGAAGUGGGAAAGUGUGUUUAAGAAUAGCAGUGGAAAAGGGAUGAAAAUGGGCAGAAUACUGGAAAAGGGAACCAGCUGGGUUGUUCAGUCAAGGCUUACAUAAAUAUAUUCCAAAAUUUUUAUUCCUAAAUAUAAUGGCAACACUAAAUGUAAUACUUCUAAAAUAUUCUAUAAUACACGGAAGAAUACAAAUGAUGUGAAAAAUGAAAUGUACUGUUUAUUUACAUCCAGCACUUUUACAGAGCACCUGCUGUUGCUUAAUGAGUAGCACAUUUAAAGUGUACCUGUCACGGUACACACAUCUUAUGGGCAUUUUUAAAGAGUAUACAAUUUCAUUGCUAUGUUGUGCUAGAAAAUGUAUAGAUUUAUUUAUUGUGGUAUUUCAAAUUAGAAAUAAAGUACCUCCCCACCAACACCAGUCAAUCUACCAUCUGCAUAGCUACAGUGUUUACACUGCUACCUAGUAAUACCUCUAGUGGCAGUCACUCAAACGACCACUAAAGUGUCUCCUAUCUCAGUGCAUUCAGCAUCUCCACGCUCUGCAUGGAGGUGCAGAACAUUCCACAUAGAUUGUGACAAAAGCCACUUAACCACUGGGGUUUGGAGGGGACUACUUGCCAGCCUUUUACCCUAUGACUAUGGCACCUUUAAUUUAUUGUGGUUGAGAGACCCUAUUUUUGGCUAAUGGGACUUUAGCCAAUGGUUCUUCGAACUCCCGAACAGGCCGCCAUUCGACAUUCGAACACAUGGUGGCGGCCAUCUUGUUCGAAUGGGCCAAAACCACGAAUAGCCUUCAGGGGGACUUAGCCGUGAAUGCCCUGGAACUAUGAAAACCUUGUGGUUCCUGGUCCGUCCUCCAGCAGCAUUUAGCCGCGAUUUUUGGAUAUGUUGUUCACCCAGAUCAGGGCUAUCCGGGGAUGUAACAUUUAUGGGGAUUUGUUGCGUUUUGGGGUACUUAUGGUACUUUAUAAACAGGUGUUUUUUCUGCCUGAGGAUAAUUAAGUUAAUGCAUUAUCUGCCUUAAUUAUAUCACAGGCAGAGGGGAGGGAUUGUGUACUGUAUGUGGGAGUGUCAUUCAUUGUCACCUUGUUUUUAUUGGCUUGUACACUGUGUUUGUGCAUCUUUCAGUCAGUCCACGUGUCUGUCAGUGAAAGUGUAUGUUUAGGUCACCUGCCCCCGCCGAUAGCAUGGGAAUGUGUUUUUAACUCUUUUAAUGGAGGCACACUGACCUUUUAUGCAAGUUUCCCAACAAAGGUGACGCCCAGGUGGACCUUGUUGGGUACAGGGACACAGUGUGCCUCCAUUAAAAUUGAGUAAAAACACAUUACCUUGCUGUCGGCGUGGGGGCAGGUGACCUAAACCUACAGUUUCGCUGACAGACACCUGGACUGACUAAAAGAAAGACACGCACACUCUCAAAGAAUUAUUUAAUUAUUUGAUACACACACACACAUUUAUACAUACAUACAUACAUACAUACAUACAUACAUACAUACAUACAUACAUACGUAAAAAAAUAUAUAUAUUUUUAGCCACAUUCCUGUUUCCUACCUUUUGGGCACAAAAAGGUGGCUUAGUGGGACUGGGCAGCACCACACUUCCUUCCGGCACACAGAGACCGGAGAACAGGCUGACCAAUCCCAGGAUCCAGGACAAAUUUCUUAGUCGCCAUGGUGACCUGGCGCCUGGGAUUUGUCAAGCUCUUGUGUAAGCAUUGCUCUAUCUACUGAACAGCUAUGUUUUACUUUACAAAGUUAAAAGGACCACUGCACACAUUACGCUUCAUUUCAAUGAAGUGGUCCUUUUAAACAGAUUGUGUAGUUUGUAUAAAAAUUGAAAGGUUUUAGACCUCUUACUGUCGCAUAUAUAAUAGUGCAGGAUACAAUUCUUUUUACAUAUGAUCUAUCUUGAAAGAAUGUUCUGUUGCUUUUAAAUAAAAAAAAGUGAAUUAUUUUAUGUUGCAUGAAGAUCUAGAAUCCUUGCAAGCAGUUUGUUUAGGAUCUAUGUUCCUUGUCUGCAUUCUGUUACGUAGGAUACAUCUGUUUCUCCAACUUUUUUUAUUGCAGUCUAAGAAAAACAAAUGGUAAACUUGUUGCACUCAAACCCACGAGAUAUGUUAUAAAAAUGGGGCUUUUGUAAACUGGGAUUGACAUAUGCAUAUUGGGAUUAUUUACAGGGUUAUUGACUAAAAUUAAAAUUGCUGCAAAUUCAAAGUGUAUUUCAAACAAUAGGCCAAAGUAGCUGAAACAAAUUCUCUAAGUCCAUUUGUAGUUUGUCUAUUUUGGCCUUUAAUUUCAUUUCAAAUUCUCUUUUGAAUUUCCAGCAGUUCUCACUUUAUUGAAUAAUGCUGUUGGUAAACUGAAAAAUUGAGAAGAAUGUACAAGGUAAUUGCAAAUAUUAGGCGAAAAUAGCAAAAUAUUGGAAAAUAUCCCCCAGAUCUGCUAGUUUUCUAGCUUGACUAUUUUGGCCUAAAAUUAGCAAUUCCCUAGUCGAUAUGCCAAACUUCUUAGUUAAUUGAAUAACAUGCAUGAUUUUUCUGUAUUAUUUUGUUUGAUUCCUUUUCCAUUGAGAGGAGCUGUGGAUCGGACAUCUUCUAGAAUUGAUAAGAUUGCUCUAUUGGCUAUACAGCUGUGGUGGAAGAGUAACAUGUUUGUUCUAUGCAUUGCCGAACUUUUGUAUGUACAUUCAUUUUUCUGUAUCACCUAUUAUUGGUCUGUCUGCUUCCCUUUUAUUAAAGCUGUUGUUGGUUUCUGUAUUUUUCUCAUGGUUUCCCCCUCUCUCCAGGUAUGGAGUACGUCCUGAGCAUGUUAUCAUAUAUGGCCAGAGCAUAGGGACCGUCCCAUCUGUUGAUCUUGCUGCUCGAUAUGAAAGUGCUGCUGUUAUUCUUCACUCUCCUCUAACCUCAGGAAUGAGAGUGGCUUUCCCUGACACCAAAAAAACCUACUGUUUUGAUGCAUUUCCCAAGUAAGUUAUAUUUGAUGCAGUUAUAUUGUUACAUUAAAAGGUUUUGUUAUAUUGAAUGUAUAUUUAAAGUACACUUCAAGCACCUGAACAUGUGCAUAUUCCAUGCUUGGGUUAAUAAUCUCUGGAUUUGUUUCAAACACUUUAAAAUAAUGCUUUGCUAACAGUUUAAAGGAACACUAUAGUGUUCGAAAAGCAAGCAUUAUUCCAAACGGUAUAGCUUGUACCUAACUAGUUAUGGUGUCUUCACCCCACCGCGCUACCACUUACUGGCUGAUAUCAUAGAGAUCAAUGAUCUCAGCCAAUCUAAUGCUUUUCUAUAGAACCGCAUUGGGAGGCUAGUGUGCAUGCACAGUAAAAUGCUGAAUUAUGCUGUAUAGAGAUACCAUUUAAUAUCAGAUGUCUUCUUGUAACUUGGUGAAUGCAAUGUCCAUCAAAUCUGAUUUAUCCUACAAUUAAAUGCCGGUAUUGGAACCAGCAUAGAAAUCUGGGUGGUUAAAAAUAAUUUUAUUUAUCUUUUUUUUUUUUUUUUUUUAAUGGUUUUGUACUUGGGAUACAGUAUAUUUCAAGGGUUUUUCAACUUCAAAUAGGGAUUAGUUAUGUAGCAUGAGACUACAUGGUCAUGCAAUAAAUAUAUUUUUGGUAAUUUAAUUAAAUUAUUCCAAGUUAAUUGAAUUUUGGCUUCAGAAAUAACAUGCAUGUUUUAAAAUAAACAUACAAAGUUUAGAAAAAUACCGCAAUCCUGCUGUUAUUCUGUAAACGCUAAGCUGUUCUCCAAAUAUGGGUGAUUAACCUAUUAAACUGGAGGUAGUAUACCUUGCCAAUGAUUUUAUCAAUCUAAAUAUUUCUAAUGGUAGGUAACAAAUCAGUUCUGCUAGAACUAUUAAAAUAUGAAAAUUAUCCAUCUAAAUACUAAAUAUUCACCUUGUUACAAAUAUUUAAAUAUCAAUCAGCAAGUACCAGUAUUUAAAGGGACACUGUAGUCACUAAAACAUAGCUUUAUAAAGCCGUUUUGUGUAUCGAUGCCCCUGCAGUCUCACUACUCAAUUCUCUGCUAUUUAGGAGUUAACUCGCAUAGUCUAGCAUGUGACUUACACAACUUUCCUAAGCACUUCUUGUAAAGAGGCAUCUAAUGUUUAUACUUGCUUUAUUGAAAAUUCUGUUUAAUUACAUACAGGAGGCUCCUGCAAGGUCUAGCUAACUAUUAACAGAUCAGGAGAUGAGUAUUUUUAAAUUAAAUUUCGAUUUACAGAGCAUUAGAUACAAACGUUUAAAGUAAUUACAUCUGAUUUGAAAGUGAAACCAUUUUGUUUUCAUGCAGACUGUCAGUAGCCAGGGGUGGUGUGGUUAGGGCUGCAUAAACUGAAACAAGUGAUUUAAAGGCACUCUAUAGGGUCAGGAACACAGACCUGUAUUCCUGAUCCUAUAGUGCUAAACCCACCAUUAAGGUGGCUUACCCCUUACCCUGCUUAGAAAAGCAUUAAAAACUCACCUUAUUUCCAGUGCCGUGCGGGUCUGCCGGCACGGGCCCUGUCCCCUUGGUGACCUCAUUAGAAUUGCGGAUUUUUACCCAAUCCAAUGCUUUCCCCCAGGGAAAGCAUUGGAUUGGCAAGGGGCAAGGCCAAAUACCAUUUUGGUCCAUCAGCACCUCCUCAUAGAGAUGCAUUGAAUCAAUGCAUUUCUAUGAGGGAAAUUCAGCAUCCCCAUGCAAUGCGUGGGGAUGCUAAAUGGCAGAGCUGCUUACUGUGCAGCACUGAGCCAGGAAGCAUUUCCAGUGGCCUGCACAUAAUGGUUAUACUCACCAGAAUAACUACAUUAAGCUGUAGUUGCUUUGGUGACUGUAGUGUCCAUUUUACUCCUAAAUGGCAGAUAAUUGAGCAGUAAUCCAUACACAAACUGCUUCAUUAAGAUAACGUGGUUUUGUUAACUAUAGUUUACGUUUACAAAUUGUGAUUUAAAUAGAGUCUUAACGCCUAGUUAUUAUGAAAUGUCUUAUUGGGUAUUAUCCAACAUAACUCCCCCUCCCCCCCCCCCCGCCAACCACAUAAAAUAAGCAUUACAUGAUAUUCAUAUGGAGAUACAAAUGCCAUAAGUUCUAUCCAUUUUUUUUAUUAUUUUUUUUUUUAUGCAUCUCAAGAGUACCAAAAUGAUAAUAGCCAGGAGCCAAGAUGCAACAGAAUAGGUGCUUGUGCUAAUAAUGGCAACAAGUGAAAAUUGUAUAUAAUAUAGCAAUUUUCAAAUCUACAGAUAGGCUCAGCUGUGAUGGAAACCCCUAAGGAACAGAACCAGUCUCAGAUGGUCAGACCUUUUAUUUGUUAAUAUGGACUUUAUUUUGUGGUGCCCUGGAUUAUGAAGGCAUACUAUAUGCUCCAUCAAAAGUAAACUUUCCUAGGGUGACUUGGGAGUAAGAUUCUAUAAGGUGCCUUAGAAAGUGUGGUAGUUCCUCAGCAGAGAUGGUCUGGUAUGCCUCUAAUAUUAUGUGAGAAACACAAAAAAAAAAAAUCCAGUGUCAAAACUAAACCAUUAUUAUCAAUUAUUUGAUCUAGAGCAGAUAGAUGUAUGCAUUUUAUUUUUCACACUAGUUUUUUUAAAAUAAAGAUAAUAGUGUGUAUAUUUAAUGUACAAUGUGCAGCACUGACAUUCAGUGUCUCCACCCUCUGCAUGGAGACACUAACCUUUCCUCAUAGAGAUGCAUUGAAACAAUGUAUCUCCGAGGAGAUGCUGAUUGGCCAGGGCUGUGUUUGGCUUGUGCUGGCUCUGCCUUUUUGAUAAUCACUGCUAAUUCAAUGCUUUCCUAUGGGAAAGCAAUGUGGUUGGCUGAGAAGAUCAAUUCUGAUGUCAGCCUAGGAGGUAGGUCAGGGGCAGAGGCAGUUGCAGACUGUAACAAAGGUAAGAUGUUACUAUAUUUAGGGGAUAGGAAGGGAAGGGGGUUAGAUGGUGGGUUUUUUUACACUAUAGGGUCAGGAAUACAUGUUUCUGUUCCUGACCCUUUAGUGUUCUUUUAAUUUAUCUUCCAGGUUUUAAUUAGUGUAGGACCCACCAAUAUUGGGGUACUGUGGCAUAGUGGUGGGCUUAGCACAAUAUGGCAAUAUUGUGGAACUGAAUCCCCAUAUAUGUUUGUGAAGAGGUUGUUUUAAGUAGCCUUAUAAAAUAUAAAUCUGUAUUCUGGGGGGAGGGUGGUGUUUGUUUGUUUUUGUUAUUUUCUGUUUGGUUUGGGGCUUUAAUUAAAACAACCACUACAACCAAGUUGUCCAAAUACUCUUAAACUAUUCAUAUCAUCUAGGCUGGACAGAAGUGAUAUUUAUAGUGUGAAGUGUUAAAUCUGUAUUAUCAAAGCUGCUUAGAGGGCAGUCAUCAGAUACCAUGAAGAGUAAUUAUUUUUGCCAAACUAGUAGAUCGACGUAAAAGUGUGAUACAUUGACAGCAUAACCAUUACAUUGAACUUCUUAUGUUGCAUAUACUGCCCUUUUUUAUUGAAUAUUAUUUUAUAGCAUUCUGAUUGCUUUUGAUAGGUGUUUUGACUUUGGUAAAUAAGCAUAUAUUUCCAUAAGAAUAAGGAUGUGGUAUUCGCUGCCCGAAGAAGUGGUUUUAUCAGAGUCUGCAUACUUUCAAAAACAUAAUAUUCAAGAAUAUAAUUUUUCAACUGUAGGAUAAUAGUUUCUUGAUCAAAGGAUGAAUUUGACUGCCACUCUGGGGUCAGUAAGGAUUUUUUUCCUAGUUUGUUGCAAAAUUUGAAGUUUUUCAAAUUUUUUUUGGCAUUCUUUUGGAUCAACAGCAAAAAACAGAUGUAAGGCUGAACUUGAUUGACCUGUGUCUCUCUUCAGUCUAGGGAACUGUCGUAUUGUUACUUGUUUUACAAAUACUAAGUGGUUUGUGUUGUAUUUUUGCAAAAACGUGAAUUCACAUGUAGUUUUUAAGUUUAAUUGUCUGCUUUAUUUUACAGCAUUGACAAAAUCUCCAAGAUAACAUCCCCAGUCUUGAUUAUCCAUGGCACAGAAGAUGAGGUGAUUGACUUUUCACAUGGCCUGGCGCUGUUUGAACGUUGCCAGAGGCCGGUGGAGCCACUAUGGGUUGAAGGAGCCGGUCACAACGACGUGGAACUCUAUGGACAGUACCUUGAGCGGUUAAAACAAUUUGUGACGCAAGAGCUUGUAAAUUUGUAACUACAUUUUGUUAGAAAAAAAUUUUUUUUUUUUUUUUUUUUUUUCAUAAAUGCCUUUUAGGGCAUUGAAGGUUUGCAGUAACUCUCUGGCCGCACAAAAGAAGUUAGCCGACCAUGUUUAAUUUUCUUCUUUUGCUGGACUGUGAGCCAUAGAAAUGUUCAUAAACCUGAAGGUCUGUUUGCAAAUCAUGUUGGUUGCCUUAACAGAUGUACAGGUAAUGAUUUGUUAACAUCAGUAAUGAAGGUUUUUUUUGUUUAGUAUUUUGUUUUAAUACCAGUAUUGCUAUCUGGAAUUACACUAAGGUGCAGUCGGGCAUAUAUAUAUAUAUAGAUUACUUAAUCCGUGUGAAUUUAAAAAUGUUUCUUCUUCACUGUGUUUUGAAUGCAGCAGUUCAUUCUAUCAGCAUAACCGCAUACAACUUUGAAAGGAAUUGAAAAUUAGAUUGUAUUGUUGAAGAUGACUUGUUUACUUUUUUUUAUUUUUUUUUUAUUUUAUUUUUUUUGAGGGGCGGGGGGCUAACUCCUUCUUCUUUUUUCUUUUGUAAGGUUCACUUUUUAGAACUGAAAUUUAAACGGCACAAACUGUUGCUGAUUGCUAUGGAAGAAAAUUAAUUACUUUUUUCAAAGAUAAACCGUUUAUUGCUGGCAUGUUCCCUUUUGAAAUGAAUGCUGCGAUUUUCUUCCUAUGAAUCCUGUACAAAUGUCUUAAUGGACUGUACUGGCUAAGAUGCGCACAACCUUGCUUUUAAAUCACGCUACAAACACAAAGCUGGGUUGGCCAACAUGUAGUUAUGGCUGGCAAAGCAUCAAGGGAGGAAUCUGUUCUCCAGCAGCAAGAGAGCCACCCCUGCUUUCAAGGCAUUCAUUAGACGUUGUACAUACCUGAGAUUUACUUGAGUAGACAAGAGGAUGCAUUUAGGACUGCACUUUUGACUUAUAUGAAAAUAUUUUGUUUCUGAAUUGAGACUUGACUUUUUUUUUUUUUUUUUUAGUUUGUUCACCUACACAGCUUGCAAUCAUGUGGACCACUCCUGGUAGCUGUUAGUCACAGAGCCUUGCUAGUUGCUAAACAUCUGGUUUACCCGUUUUUUGUUUUUUUUGUUAGGUUUUUUUUAUAAUAUAACAAUUGAAUAGACUUGGAAAAAGAAAAAAUUCAUAAAACUGGUAAUUAAAACCUAUAAUAUGGGUUGGGUGCUAUAAUGGCACAUUGCUGGCACACAAAGUGCCACAUUUAAAGAGAAAUGGAGAUUGCCUAUGCAUUGUCAUUUCUGUUGCUGAACGGCAAUGUGCUGAAUUUAGAGCUGCACCUUUUUGGAGUGUGUACCAUGGUUUGGUCUACAACUCUCUGAGAUCAGGUGGCCAGGGGACCCACAAAAGGGUGAUGGAGAAUGAAACCAUGUAAAUUUGCGUUUAUUGUAAAAUAAGAUCAACUUACUUAGAGAUAAACCCUCUUGUCUGUACUCUACAAAGAAGUCUGUGUCUCUUCACCUCUUAGAAAGAUACUUUACAGAAGUUGCCAAUUUUUAGCAGAAUAGUAAGUUUAUUAACUGUAGCAGGUCUGUUUCAGAGGUAACUUGCACUGAAACCACACACCUUACAAAAACUGCUGCCUUUUAGUGCUUGGAUGGGAGACAACAACAUUUUCUAUUACACAUGGUGUCUGAUCAGUCCACUCUAAUGUCUGGCAGUUUAGUUUUUUUUAUUUUUAUUUUAAUGUGGGUUUUGUUUUGUUUUGACUAUACUUUUAUUUAAUUUUUGUAUUUUUUGGUAGGGCAUUUACAGAUUACAAAGUGUCAAAAAUCUCACUGGCUGUAUAGGUUCCUGACGCCAUUGUUCUAGACCUUUAUAAUGGUGAACUUUUUUUAUUAGCAAUUUUUUUCACAUCAGUUAUUAUAGGCAAAAAUAAAUGGGAAUGUUUAAAACUUUUUGUAUAAUUAUAGUACCUUUUUUAAAGCAUUUUUUUUCUUUUGGUAAGCUGCCUUUCCUUUAAUAAAAUAUCUGUGAUGAAUGCAACUAAAAUUUAAAGACAUGUAGUUUAAUUUGUGAAUGGAUAAGAUACACUGUGGUUACAUAUAAAGGCCUUAUUUAGUGUAUUACUUGUUGUGACUGUCUGGGAUUGUAUACAGUUUAAUCCUAUGUAUUAUACAGACUUGCCAUGGUUCAGAUGUUACACAGUAAACUAUUACAAAUCUUUGAUGCUGCUCUUUUCUUGUAUGUCUGUCUUUGGCAAUAUAAAGGGUCUUAAAGGAACUGUAUAUAGUUUAAAAAAUUUUUUUUUUUAAAUGCAUAUCCAUCUCCACCCCUCCCCCCCAACAGUAAAUCCAUUCUGAGCGUAGGUGUUUACUGCCAAGGCCUUUAAAAAAAUUAAAUAAAAAAAUAAUUUUGCCAACACAUUGUUUAUAUUAUAGUUACACCUAUCUGAAUCUGUAAUUCACAAAAUUUAUGGCUGACCACUUUACUAGUCAAGUAUCCCUUUUUUUGCAAAAAAGUGCAGAUUUCAAUAGAAAUUUACACUUUAAUAAAUUCAAGCUGGUUACAGCAUCUUGGCUUUCAAGCAGACAACAUGUAAUGUUACUU